GGGAGAGGUGUGUGUGUGUGUGUGGAGGGGAUUGUUGCAGUGUUAUUCGGACAGAGAUCUACUGUUUAGCUCGUAACGCUAUCUGUGCCUCUCGCAGUUCGCACAGUGAAGGCUGAUGCAGGCACCGCCCAAAUGUAAGCCAGUGCUUGUGACCUGUCGUGCGUGUCUUUUGCUGCCCCGAGUUUCCAGUUAAACUAGUUUAGGCUGAAUGUGUGUGCCUGUGUGUGUGUGUGUGUGUCCGACACAAAAGACGAGACACACAGGAAGUGCAAGUAGUGCAGCACCGACCGAGAGAGCAGAGAGAGAGAGAGCGAGAGUGUGUGUGAGAGAGACAGAAAAGGCGAGACCCUGUGAGGAAUCCGCAGUCGGAAGCCAUGAGCGACGAGGAGAACUACUACGGGAAAUAUGGUGAGCCCAAGAAGUUUGAUGCCUCAUUCAGAGGUCCGGUUGAAAAGAGGGGCUGUACUGACAUCUUUUGCUUCCUCUUGUUCUUCGUGGCCAUUCUGGUGUACUGCGCCGUGGGGAUCCUAGCGUGGACUUAUGGAGACGCUCGGAAAGUCAUCUACCCGACAGACAGCCGGGGGGAGUUCUGUGGCCAGGCCGGAACCCGUAAUGAAAACAAGCCAUUUCUGUUCUUCUUCAACCUGCUGGAGUGCACCAGCCCGGUGGUGCUGCUAGAGUUCCGGUGUCCGACCCCACAGAUAUGUGUGAAGCAAUGCCCAGACAGGUUUGUCUCCCUGUUCAGUAUUCACAAGGAGAAAAAAAUUAAUUCAAGCAGUUGGCAGAAUUACAUGCAGUUCUGCAAGUCGGACUUCAACCAGAGUAAGAGUAUGAUGGAGCUACUGCGGGAUCAGGAUUGCCCCACGGUGCUGACGCCCAGCAGACCUUUUUCCCAGCGAUGUUUCCCCGAUCUGGAGACCAAGAAGGGAGUGGUGUUGGUCGGCAACAAGACUUCGUUCAAGCUGGAAGAAGGAAAAACCAUCAACGCCUCCGACCUAAUGGCCGCAGCCAAAGCUGCCAAUAUCGUCCUGGACGUCAGAGAGGUGGCGAUGAAGAUAUUCGAGGACUACACCAGAUCCUGGCAUUGGAUCUUGAUCGGGCUGCUGAUGGCGAUGGCGUUAAGUCUCCUGUUCGUGGUGUUGCUGCGCUUCAUAGCGGCCGUGAUGGUGUGUGUGAUGAUCCUGCUGGUGAUGGUCGUGCUGGGCUACGGUAUAUAUCACUGCUCCAUGGAGUACAUUAAGCUGCGAGGUGAGGCCGGCUCUGACAUAAGCAUCACAGACUUAGGCUUGCAGACCGACAUCAGGGUCUACCUGCACCUCCAGCAGACGUGGUUAGCCUUCCUGAUCAUCCUGUGUAUUACGGAGCUGCUGAUCAUUGUCAUCCUGAUCUUCCUGCGGAAAAGGAUCCUCAUCGCCAUCGCUCUGCUCAAGGAGGCCAGCCGAGCCAUUAAACACAUGAUGUGUUCGCUGCUCUAUCCCCUGAUCACAUUUGUGUUGCUGCUGAUCUGCAUCGCCUACUGGACUAUCGUGGCCGUAUUUUUGUCGACAUCCAACAAAGCCAUCUAUAAGGUGGUUUCCAAUUCGUCCGACUGCAACUUCACCUGUGAUCCCACGACCUUCAACACCUCGAACAUCACGAAGCAGUGUCCCGGGGCUGUGUGCGCCUUCGCCUUCUACGGCGGGGAGACGAACUACCACAAGUACCUCACCGCCCUCCAGCUGUACAAUGUCUUCGUGUUCUUCUGGGUGCUGAACUUCGUCAUCGCUCUGCAGCAGUGCACGCUCGCCGGUGCCUUUGCCUCCUAUUACUGGGCCUACAACAAGCCCCACGACAUUCCCACCUUCCCUCUCUUCUCCUCGCUCAGCCGCACCCUCCGGUACCACACGGGCUCCCUGGCCUUCGGGUCCCUGAUCCUCGCCAUCGUGCAGGUUUUCCGUGUGCUGCUGGAGUACGCCGACCAGAAGCUGAAAGGUGCACAGAACAAGUUUGCCAAGUUCCUGUUACGCUGUCUGAAAUGUUGCUUCUGGUGCCUGGAGAAGAUUAUCAAGUUCCUCAACAGAAACGCCUACAUAAUGAUCGCAAUCUACGGCUCAAACUUCUGCGUAUCAGCGAAGAAUGCAUUCUUCCUGAUAAUGAGGAAUAUACUCCGGGUGGCGGUGCUGGACAAAGUGACCGACUUCCUGCUCUUCCUGGGGAAAAUGCUGGUUGUUGGCAGUGUUGGAGUUCUUGGUUUCUUCUUCUUCACCAAUCGCAUCAAGCUAUUUGAGGACAAAGCUCCGCAGCUCAAUUACUACUGGGUUCCACUGAUGACUCUCCUCCUCGGCUCCUACUUGAUCGCCCAUGGCUUCUUCAGUGUGUUUGCGAUGUGUGUGGACACGCUCUUCCUAUGUUUCUUGGAGGACCUGGAGAGGAAUGACGGCUCAGCGGCCAAGCCUUACUUCAUGCCUACAAGCCUGCAGAAGAUCCUCAACAAGAAGAACAAAACCUCGUCAGAGUGAGCAGACCUCGUUGGGGACAGGGUGGUGGGGGGAAGGGGGAGAGGGAGGGAGGCUGAGUGGGGCUCUGCCCGGGAGAAACCACUUGACUGACGGAGCUACCCCACACCCACCCCCUGCUUAAUGGAUCAGCACAUCCCAUCUCAACCCAGCCCUGGCGUGCGAGAUAUUCACCUCGCCUCCGUCCGCGAGACAUCUUGGUUAAAGACACCCAUUCCUGUUGAUAGAUAUCCGCUUUGAUACCCCCCCCCGCCACCAUUGCCAACUAAGUUUGAUUAUGGUCUGAGACAUUGUGAUUGCGGGAGGGAGCAGUGAGCACAUUGCCAUCUGCCUCACCUCUGCACAUUCCUCCCCCACCCCCCACCACCCGGUGCUAAUGACGGGUUUCCUGAAUUCACACUCGUCCAACAGCCAACACCAAACAGCCAAGCUGCCCUGUACAAGCCUAAGCUGCCAAAUCUUUGUGAGGCUCCGUUACUCGUUUGUCCGCAGAUGAUUACCGCUGUAAUGUUUCCCCGAAUCUUGACACAUUUCCUCCCACCUCCCCCUCCUCCUGCUCGGAAGCCAGCAGUAUGGGUUGAAGUAAAAUGUCCAAGUGCGCAGCCUUUUUUUAUAUAUAUAUAUAUAAUAUACUGUAUAAAUAUAUAUACACACAGUCUAUGAAGGGUGUUGAUGCCACGCUUGGUUGCCUGGGAUGAACUGCCUUUAUAACCGCCAGUUGCCUUGGGUUUGUUUUCGAGUCCAGCUUCUCUCCGUGGGGAGCCCAGCUCCUGGCCUUGUGGACGAGCAGCUUUUGACGGACAAAUGUCUUUUAUGUUGAGUGUUAAAUCGGCCCACAGGGCAGGGCUGUUUCAGGCAGUGCACCAUAACAACUCACUGUUUUUUUAAAAAAAUGUUUUGUGAUUGUCUACACUCCAUCGCUGAUGCAAUCCUCUCCCCACUGGAGAAGACUUGCGUAUUAAUCAACGAGAAUGUCCUGCAUGGUUUUAUUAUAUAUUUUUUGAGCAACAAUAGCUGUUUUUACCUUUUUUUUACACAAAUUAUUAAAUUGAAUGUUUCUUCCUUUGUAACGUGCAGAGUCCCGUUACCCCCAUUCCCCCCCCCCCCCCACCACAUUGCAUUAACCAGCCACUGAAACAUGUGGAAGGAAGAAUGACGAUAAUUGUAUUUAGAAGUACUCAAUUGUAUUCAGUCCCAAGUGUUUAACGGUAUUUAGAUAUUCAAAGCAUUGGGGUGUGUGUGUGUGUAUGAGUGUGAGUAGAUCUGGCAGAUAAUGAUCUGUCGCCACAUUCGGUGUUUGACAUCUUCUGUUAAUGUGGAUGGAUGGAUGGAAUGAGGAGGGCGAAAUGCAUCUGACAGUUUGCUUCAGCUCCUCCGUAGUCUCAUAUCACUAACAAGACUUUGUACAUGCACCGUGGAUUUGCUGCCUACUCACCCAGCGGAGCGAGCGACCAGCGUUUCCUUAUGUAUAGGACCUUACCUCGAGUGUACCCACUCUGUGUGCCUGAGAGGCGAGCAGACUGAUCAUGGACCUCCCCGUGUCUGAGCGAGGCUGCUCUGAUGCAUCUGUCGGCUGGAAUCAGCACCUGAACGCCGGUGGAUUUCCUCCCGGAGAGAAUUCCGACCCGGAUGUAAACAAACCUGAUCGUGUAUCCCCCUCUUUUUUUAACACCCCCCCCCCCCCCCCCAUACUCCGAGCUCUCGCUCUGGGGCCUUGAUCGUAUUUAUUUGCAUGCUUGAGGCUUGUAUCGAUCCAAUAAAUGUAACGUUUCCAACAAA